AAAUGGAGGCAAGCAGCUGAUGUGCCAACAAAGCCAUCACUCUUCUCUUCAAGCGGUAUUGAUUCCUUAUCCUUGCUGCCUGAUGCUCUUUUAUUCCUCAUCCUUCCUCCAACUUCACCAUGACAGUGUAACUCCUAGAUCGAUGCUUCUUGCAUGCAAUCUUAAAUUUAGGCUCAUCAGAACUUUCUGCUUCAAUAUAAAGAUGUUCUAGAUCGGAGAAGAGUCACUUGAGCUUCAUGAACUGUGAACUAACAGCAAACCUACAGAUGAUAUGGAACAAAUCGAUGCAUUUCUUUCACGUUAGCUGCCACUGUCUUGAUAACACUAUCUUGGUCAACAGCAGAGCAGCUUGAUCAAGCAGCAGCAUCCAAGAACAGUUGCUUAAAGCGCCUCAGAGAGUGAGAGAAGAUGGAAUUCUGGUCUCUGCUCAUGGUGGCUUCCAGACCGGUGCUGCAAGUGCUGCUUGUAAGCCUCAUCGGAGCUUUUCUUGCAUCUGGUUAUGUCAACAUCCUUUCCUCCAAUGCACGCAGAGACGUCAACAAGAUCGUGUUUGUUGUCUUCAUCCCAGCCCUGGUGUUUGCAAGCUUAGCAAAGACUGUGACAGCAAAGGACAUCAUUUCUUGGUGGUUUAUGCCUGUAAACAUUGGGAUCACAUUCUUGAUUGGUGGAAUCCUUGGGUGGGCUGCAGUGAAGAUGUUGAAGCUGGAGCAUAACCUUCAAGCCCUCGUCAUUGCAAGUUGCUCAGCAGGUAAUUUAGGUGCUCUGCCCUUGAUUAUUGUCCCAGCAAUCUGUGAUGAGGAUGGCAAUCCAUUUGGGUUAUCCAAGAUUUGCCGUGUCCAAGGAAUCUCCUACGCAUCUUUUUCGAUGGUGGUUGGAAAUUUGUUCAUAUGGACACACACCUACAGUCUAAUUAGAAAAUCUGUAAGUCAUUCUUCUGGAAACCACGGACAUGAUGUGCUAACAAGGAUGAACAAGAAUCCAGAGACGAACAGGAAAACUAGAAUGUUUGAUGCGCAAGAGGAACAAGAUUACGAUGAUCGACGGGCCUUGCUUCUGCCACCAUCUGAUACAAGUGACAGAACUGCAGAACAUCGAAGUGAGACUGAGGGACAAUUGUUGGGCAGAAAUCUCAGCGACAUAAUUAUGCACAUUUGGGAGAAAUUGAAGGGGACCUUUCACAAAAUGUCGGAGGAAUUGUUAUCUCCACCAACAAUUUCUGCGAUAAUUGGCUUCGCUGUGGGUGCUAUACCAUGGUUAAAGGCAUUCAUAGUUGGAGAAACAGCCCCACUCAAAGUUGUUCACGAUUCCAUGACAUUACUAGGGGAUGGCACCAUACCCUGCACGAUCAUCAUUCUCGGUGGCAAUCUAACAGAAGGACUGCGCAAGUCCACAGUAAAGCCUCUGGUAAUCGUAGCCAUCAUCUGUGUGCGGUACGUCAUCCUUCCUCUCUCUGGCAUUGUUGUGGUCAUGGCUGCAGGUCGUCUAGGUUUCCUGCCACAAUCUCCGCUGUAUUGCUUUAUCCUACUUAUACAAUAUACAGUCCCCCCUGCCAUGAGUAUCGGUACAAUGGCACAAUUGUUUGAUGCAUGUCAAGAAGAGUGCUCUGUGAUCUUCCUAUGGACUUACUUGGUUGCUGCCUUCGCGGUCACAAUUUGGUCAGUGGUCUUCAUGUGGAUCCUAUUAUAGAAUUAUGUUUUGAGGAACAAUUAACAUUCGAAGAAUUUGUUCUUCGAGUUUCUAUGAUACAAGUAGGAAGAGACGGUACAAUUCUUAUCCAACGAGUCGAGAUCACAAAGCAACAGCAUCUAGAAGGGAAUUCCUAUUAAAUAUUUCCAUUUAUUUCUUCCUUUCUCUGACAAUGUUGUGGCAUCGUUUUCAUACAAAUUGGAUAAUCUCUUCCGUUUUCUCA